AUGUUGUUGAGAAAGCUACGAUCUGCAAGUUCGACGGUGAUGGACAAAGGUAGAACCUAUCCCUUCAGGUUCAAGGACAACACCACCACCAACAACAAUCUCCCCAAAAUUUCCCUCUCCUUGCUUGUCUUCCUUCUCCUCUGGUUCCUUCUUCUCUACUUCUGCUUCUUCCCUUCUAAUUCCACCACUCACAAAGCCCACCCCUCUGUCCCUACUGUUACUCCUGGUAAAGAAGCCAUAUUGAACACCGACAGUACUCACCGACAGUCCCUUACUACCACUACAGUAUCAGAAGGAACCGAAAUAGAAACAGAAACAAAGUCUCCCUUAACAGUUCCUCUGUGCGAUGGAAGUGUACGGAUAUACAUCUACGAUCUGCCUUCCAGGUUCAAUCUUGGCCUCCUCAAGGACUGCCGGCAUCUCAACGUCUACACCGACAUGUGCCCUCACGUCGCCAACAGGGGUCUCGGUCAGCCCCUACCCCACAUGGGUCCCAACUGGUUCGCCACCCAUCAGUUCAUCGCCGAGAUGAUUUUCCACGCACGUGUAGAGAACCACCCUUGCCGCACCUCCGACCCCGACGAAGCCACCCUCUUCUACGUCCCCUUCUACGGUGGCCUUCAUGUCUCCAGCAAGUUCCGAGAGUCCGAUCUGGUCGAACGUGAUCGCCUGACCCUCGAUCUCGUCGAACACCUGAGUCAUCUGCCAACGUGGCAGAAGCACCAAGGUAGGGACCACUUCCUCGCCCUUGGUAGGACCGCCUGGGAUUUCAUGAGAAACCCUAACGCCCCUGACUUCGGCGCCAAUUGCCUCCUCAACCUGCCACGUGUCAAGAACAUGUCGGUGCUAACGGUGGAGCGCCACCCUUGGGAAGGCAGCAACCAGCACGGCAUCCCCUACUCCUCCUACUUUCACCCCAUGUCUUCCCACGAGAUGCUGACGUGGCAGGAGGAGUUGAGGCGGAUCGAACGACCCCAUCUCUUUUCCUUCGUCGGGGCCCCACGGAAAGGUCUAGAGAAAGCAGCCAUCAGGGACGAGAUACUCCGACAAUGCACCGAGUCCACUCGGUGUAAUCUCCUCAAAUGCGAGACAGGUGCGAGCAAGUGUCACCAACCGGAGGAGGUGAUGAAGGUGAUGAGGGUGUCGCAGUUUUGCAUGCAAGCUCCCGGGGACUCGUUCACUCGGCGAUCCACCUUCGACUCGGUACUGGCUGGGUGCAUUCCUGUCUUCUUCUCACCUCACACUGCGUAUUCUCAGUACGCAUGGUACUUGCCAGCCGAACCCAGUGAGUACUCGGUGUACAUAGCGGAGGAAGACGGGAAGCGGAUCGAGGAGGUGUUGACAAAGAUUCCAAUCGAAAGGGUGGAGAAGAUGAGGAGUAGAGUGAUCGAUAUGAUACCAAGGAUCACGUACGUACACCCGAAUGCAACUAAUAUAGGGUUUCCAGAUGCCGUGGAUGUCGCACUCGCGGAGUUGUCAAAGCAUGUGCAAUCAAAGAUACUCGAUAUCUAG